AUAGUAGUAUAUAUAAUCUAAAAAAAAAGUUCAACAUCAAAAUCAAACUACAAAAACAUACAAACAGUACAAGCUUCAAUACCUCAUUUCAUUUUCUUUUGCUACUCGCUCUAUUUGCUCUUCGCAUGUCCAUACAGAAUCUCAAUUCACGCGAUCCCUUCGCGGAUGCUAUCAAGGGUGCCGACGAUGAUAUACAGGACGGCCUUGUGCACAUUCGCAUACAACAACGCAACGGACGCAAAACAUUAACCACUGUGCAGGGUCUAUCCGUUGAGUACGAUUUGAAGAAAAUUGUGCGUAGCUGCAAAAAGGAAUUCGCAUGCAACGGCACAGUCAUUGAGCAUCCACAAUACGGUGAAGUGCUGCAGCUGCAAGGCGAUCAGCGUGAGAACAUUUGUCAGUGGCUCACCAAGGCCGGACUGGCCAAAGCCGAUCGCCUCAAGGUGCAUGGCUUCUAAGCCGCGCAACUGAAAGUGGCAGCAUGGACAUGCCCACUACCAGCCAAAGCAAUGACGACCCCCCCACAAUAGAAAUUUAGAGAGAGCGCAAGUACCAACCAUAAGCUCUGGCAGCUGAAAUUAUGCACACAACAUUUUAAGUUUGUUUAUGAUAGUAAAAUAAAAGUUCCAUAGUUUCCGCAGUCAAAAGCAAAGAGA